AUGGGUGACGACUUUGAACUCUCUUUUGAGGAUCAAUUUGAAGACCACGCUGUCGACUCUGACACUCCAUCCCGGUCGAAUUCCCUCAAACUCAAAAAAGGGAAUACCGACAGUCAACGCAGAAAAGAAAAGCGACGGUCGAAGCUUUGGUAUGAGAAGACGUCUCAACCAGCAAGUGACAGCGAAGCCAGUACUGGUGCUCAAGAAACGAUUCCAACAGCGAUUGUCAUUAAAAACAUUCCCUUUUCCAUAAAACGAGACGCGCUUCUUGCUAUUCUUAAUAAUCUCGAUAUCCCAAGACCUUAUGCAUUCAAUUAUCACUUCGAUAAUGGUGUCUUUAGAGGGUUGGCCUUUGCCAACUACCGAACUCCUGAAGAGACAGAUCUUGUAGUGUCGGCACUGAACGGCUACGAGGUUGCUGGUAGGAAACUCAGAGUAGAGUAUAAACGUGUUCUGCCUGCUGCAGAGAGAGAGGCAAAAGAGAGAGAAAAGGCGGAGAAAGCAAAGGCAGAAAAAGAAAAAACAGACCAGGAUGUACGGGAAAAAGACAAAGUUGUAAAGGAAAACAUUAAUCUUAAACCGGAAAAAAUGGAAAAUGGAAAACUAGACAAGACAUUGGCUGAUAGGAAAAGUCCAGAACCCACAAAUCUCGACCUUAAUGAUCCCGAGACGCUCAAAUUCUAUGAUCAAGUUAUUAUUUUCCGUGACGACAAAAGCCGUGAAGAACUGGCCUUCUCCAAGACGUUAACGCCUUCUCAGCGACGCACAGUACAUUUGAUUGCUCAGAAACUCGGGCUGUACGAUUACAGCGAGGGUGAUGGUGAUGAGAAAGUGUUGAGGAUAGUGCGUAAACCCGCUUCAGCCGCUAUUAACAUCAAGCAAACACCCUCCCGUAAUGGAUCUUACGGCAGACGAGCUGCAGCACAACUGUUCGCAAACGCUACGGGCAUGUCAGAAAGUCCUUCCAAUAGAUCACUAAGAGGUGGUGAAGCGUCGCCGUUAUCGCGAUCACCUUUCAGAAGAUCUUGGAUCGCCGAUGGUACGCCGAUUGUUUUCCCAAUUCGGCAGCCUCGGGGACCCGAUCCAACACAGAAUUUCGCUUUCCGUCCGUCUCGGUUGCAUGCAUCUUCGAUUGCGUUUGGCGUAGUCGACGAUUCUGAUGCAGCUUCUGAUUAUUCCGAACAUAGAAGAUCGGGUCUUUUUGAUGUUCACGCACCUACAUUUCAAUCGAUUGUUUCGUAA